ACAAAUUUAGUUGUCUCAAGCCAGUAGAAUUGUUGAGAAAACCAGAAGAACAUAAUGGCUGGCACCGGAUGGAUUAUUCAAGUUAAUGAAGAUCUCAAGAACAUGGAAGGUCUUUCAACAGAGAAGCAUCACUGGAAUAAGGGGUCAAUCUACAAAUUACCAGCUAGCCUCACAGACAUGAACAAGAAGGCCUACAAGCCUCAAACAGUCUCCUUCGGGCCUUACCAUUAUGAUCCUUCAAAUCCAAUGGAGGAGCACAAGCACCGCGCGCUGCUUCAUUUCCUCAAAAGAUGUGGAAAGUCUGUUGAGUUGUUUGUAGAUGCAUUGGCUGAAGUAGAGAAUGAUUUGAAGGACUCAUAUACUCUGCUUCAUUCUGUGCCGAAAGAAGUCACAGACAUAUUCCUGCAACUGAUGAUUUUAGAUGGCUGUUUCAUGCUGGAAAUCCUAAGGACUGCUGCUCAUGUACUGGACGAUUAUGCUCCUAAUGAUCCCAUCUUCGGCAAUCAUGGUAGGCUCCAUGUCGUGCCAUACAUCAAUCGUGACAUGUUAAUGCUUGAGAAUCAGUUGCCAAUGCUUGUUCUUGAAAAGCUGGUGGCAGUUGAGCAUGAUAAAGCUAAGGAUGAAGGGUUUGUGACCAAGCUCAUACUCAAGUUCCUCUGCUCCUGCAAUGUUUCUCCAAACAUGGGAAAGUGUGUGCAUGUAUUGGACGUGUACAGGAAAAGUCUGCUUCAGCAUGAGCCUGAUCACAAAUAUAUUCGCCACAAUAUAAGGUUAAUGGAGCGUGACGAUGAGAUCAUCUGGUCUGCAACGGCGCUCAAUGAAGCAGGAAUCAGGUUCAAGAAAAGUGCAACUACAAGCCUCAAAGACAUCACAUUCGCCCGGGGAGUGCUGAGGCUCCCUGUUGUUGUUGUGGAUGACACCACCGAGUCCAUGUUCUUGAAUCUGAUGGCAUUUGAAAGAUUCCAUGUAGGAGCAGGAAAUGAGGUAACUUCUUAUUUAAUCUUCAUGGACAACAUCAUAGACAAUGCUAGGGAUGUCUCCCUCUUACACUCGAAAGGGAUCAUCCAUAAUAGUCUGGGGAGUGACAAAGCAGUGGCUAAUCUGUUCAAUUCACUCUCUAAGGAUGUGACACAAGACCCGGAUAGCAGCCUUCAAAUUGUGCAUAAGAGGGUGUAUCACUACUGCAGAAAGCCGUGGAAUAGGUGGCGCGCCAAUCUUAUUCACACUUACUUCAGAAAUCCAUGGGCUGUUAUCUCGUUCGUUGCUGCUGUCUUCCUCUUUGUGUUCACUAUAGCUCAGACAGGAUAUUCCAUAUAUCCCUAUUACUUUCCACCAAAUGAUUCUUCUUCUUCCACUGUCAUUCUUGUUCCGGCAGCUCCUCCUCCUCCAAACCAUUCAUCAUCCGACUCCACCUGCCCAUCAACACUAGUGAUUUCUUUCAUUCUUGUUUCCAUGGUAUGCAUGCUUACCAAUUGAUGGAUUCAAUAAACUGUCUGUGGGGUUUCGCGUUGUUUUGUUCAGUGAUUUCCUUCCUCUCAUUUGUAUUGAUUUCUUUUUGUUUGUUUCUUGAUUAACCGCAAUCUUGAGACUUCACCUCCUGUUGGAAUAAAUUCAUCACCACAACAAUGGUUAAUACCAGCAUUUGAAAGUUGAAACAAGAACUUGUUCAUUUAUGCAGUCUCUUUUACCAUAACUAUUCCUAUAUAUACUAAACUUGGUUAAUGUUGUAGUAUAUAUGACUCAUGUUGUAGUAUGUAUGAGUCAUAGUAUAAAUGUCUAUAUCAUGUAAUAAGUACUUGAGUGUAUAGAUAGGUACUUGAGUGUAUAAACAUAGGUACUUGAGUGUAUGAAGACUUGUGUGACAUGCUUUAUACCAAGAGGCAACAAACAUGGCAGAUUUCAUCAUUGAAUGCCAGUAUGUGGAGCUGCAGCCCUCAAUCAACAAGAGAAGAUUGUUAUCAUUUUGAGUUUCUCUUAGAGCAUUCACACUAGCUUUGUAUUUCUAUAUAAACCCUCCAUUGUGAGAUGAAUAAACACAUGAAUUCUCUCUGAAUCUCUCUCUCUCUCUCUGUCAAUUUUGAUUGUCCUUAAACACGUUAUCAGCACGAAGUUGCUCUAGAAUUAGAAUCGAAAAUUGACAAGAGUAGAGUUCAUCAUCAAUCGAAGUCAUUUUUCCACACCUACAAAAAACCUCCAAACCCUAGCUCAUAUCAAAGCCCUUGAUCCAAGAAGCCCAGAACCGGUUUUAGAACCGCCAAAACCGGCCGGAAACCGCCUGAACCGGCUACCGGAAGUUUUGGACCGCUGCCGAGCUGCUGCCGAAGUG